CCGGCCGGGGGCGCUGCUGCUCCUGCUCCUGCUCGCCGCGGCAGCCCGCGGGCUCGAGGUGCAGCGCCGCUUCGCCUCGCCCACGCCCACCAACAACUUCGCGCUGGACGGCGCGGCGGGCACGGUGUACCUGGCGGCCGUGAAUCGCCUGUAUCAGCUGUCGGGCGCCGACCUGAGCCUGCAGGCCGAGGCGGCCGUGGGCCCGGUGCGCGACAGCCCGCUGUGCCACGCGCCGCAGCUGCCACAGGCCUCGUGCGAGCACCCGCGGCGCCUCACCGACAACCACAACAAGAUCCUGCAGCUGGACGCACGCCAGGGCCUGGUGGUGGCGUGCGGCUCGGUGUUCCAGGGCUUCUGCCAGCUGCGGCGCCGCGGCAACAUCUCGGCGCUGGCCGUGCGCUUCCCGCCCGCCGCGCCGCCCGCCGCGCCCGUGGCCGUGUUCCCCAGCAUGCUCAACGUGGCCGCCAACCACGCCGACGCCUCCACCGUGGCUCUCGUGCUGCCACCCGCCGCGGGCGCGGGGGGCAGCCGGCUGCUCGUGGGCGCCACUUACACGGGCUUCGGCAGCGCCUUCUUCCCGCGCAACCGCAGCCUGGAGGACCACCGCUUCGAGAACACGCCCGAGGUGGCCAUCCGCUCGCUGGACGCGCGCGGCGACCCGGCGCGGCUCUUCACCUUCGACUUGAACCCGUCGGACGACAAUGUGCUCAAGAUCAAGCAGGGCGCCAAAGAGCGGCACCGGCUGCGCUUCGUGCGCGCCUUCCUGCACCCGCCCGGCUCAGAGCCCUACGCCUACCUGGCGUUCACCAGCGAGGCGCGCUCGGGCGACAAGGACGGCCAGGCACGGAGCCUGCUGGCGCGCAUCUGCCUGCCGCGCGGCGACGCCAAGAAGCUCACCGAGUCCUACAUCGAGCUGGGCCUGCAGUGCGCGGGCGGCGCGGGCCGCAGCGAUCUCUACAGCCGCCUGGUGUCCGUGUUCCCUACGCGUGAGCGCCUCUUCGGCGUCUUCGAGCGGCCCCCGGCGGCCCCCGCGCCCCGUGCAGCCCCCGCACCCGCCGCACUCUGCGCCUUCCGCUUCGCAGACGUGCAGGCCGCCAUCCGCGCCGCGCGCGCCGCCUGCUUCGUGGAGCCCGCGCCCGGCGUGGUGGCUGUGCUGGACAGCGUGGUUCAGGGCACGGGCCCGGCCUGCGAGCGCAAGCGCAACCUCCAGCUGCAGCCAGAGCAGCUAGACUGUGGAGCAGCCCACCUGCAGCACCCGCUGACUAUCCUGCAGCCGCUGAAGGCCACACCUGUGUUCCGUGCGCCCGGCCUCACUGCCGUGGCGGUGGCCAGCCCCAACAACUACACAGCCAUCUUCCUGGGCACAGCCACAGGGAGGCUCCUCAAGCUCAGCCUGAACGAGAGCAUGCAGGUGGUCAGCCGGCGUGUGGUGACAGUGGCCUACGGGGAGCCCGUGCACCCAGUCAUGCAGUUCGACCCCACGGACCCUGGAUACCUCUACCUGAUGACUUCCCACCAGAUGGCCCGUCUGAAGGUCGCAGCCUGCGAGGCCCAUGCCACCUGUGGGGACUGUGUGGGCGCGGCAGACGCCUACUGCGGCUGGUGUGCGCUGGAGACGCGGUGCACUGUGCAGCAGGACUGCGCCAACUCCAGCCAGCUGUACUUCUGGACCAGCGCCAGCGAGGGCCCAGACCGCUGCCCUGCCAUGGCCGUGCUGCCGGCUGAGAUCAACGUGCGCCAGGAGCACCCAGGCAUGAUCCUACAGGUCUCUGGCAGCCUGCCUAGCCUCAGUGGCCUGGAGAUGGCCUGUGACUAUGGCAACGGCAUCCACACGGUGGCCCGAGUUCCGGGCCCCGCUGACGGCCACCAGAUCGCCUACUGCAACCUCCUGCCCCGGGACCGCUUUCCGGCCUUCCCACCCCACCAGGACCACGUGACCAUGGAGAUGUCCCUGAGGGUCCAGGGGCGCGCCAUUGUCUCAGCCAACUUCACCAUCUAUGACUGCAGCCGCAUUGCCCACGUGGCCCCCAGCACUGCCUGCACCAGCUGCCUGUCUACACGCUGGCCCUGCUUCUGGUGCACGGAGCAGCACGCCUGUGUCUCGAAUCGCUCCCAGUGCCAGGCCUCGUCCAACCCCAUGAGCCCCCGCGACUGUCCUCAGACCCUGCCCUCGCUGCUGGCACCUGCACCCACGGGCAGCGCCCAGGACAUCCUCGUGCCACUGGCAAACGCUGCCUCCUUCCGCGGAGCAGCCCUCCGGUGCAGCCUCGGGCUGGAGGACAGCUUCGAGGCCGUGUGGGUGAAUGACUCUGCUGUCCGCUGCAGCCACGUGCUGCUGCACACGGCCCAGAAGAGCCAGGUGUUUUCACUCACCCUCCAGCUGCAGGGGCAGCCACCUCAGUUCCUGGACAGCCCUGACCCCGUGAGAGUCGUGGUCUACAACUGCGCCAUGGGCAGCCCCGACUGCUCCCAGUGCCUGGGCCGUGAGGACCUGGGCCACCUCUGCAUGUGGAGUGACGGCUGCCGCCCACGGGGGCCCCUGGCACCCCCGCCUGGCUCCUGCCCGGCCCCUGAGAUCCGCACGAUUGAGCCCCUGAGCGGCCCCCUGGAUGGUGGGACCCUGCUGACCAUCCGUGGCCGGGACCUGGGCCGGCGUCUCAGUGAUGUGGUCCAUGGCGUGUGGAUCGGCGACGUGGCAUGCAAGCUGCUGGCCGGCAGAUACACUGUGUCUGAGGAGAUUGUGUGUGUCACGGGGCCGGCCCCUGCGGCAUUCUCAGAUGUGGUGACUGUGAACGUGUCCAAGGAGGGGGCGUCGCGGGAGCGCUUCUCCUAUGUGCUACCCCAGGUCCACUCCCUGGAGCCGGCCAUGGGCCCCACGGCAGGUGGCACCCGGAUCACCAUCCAUGGGAGCGACCUCCACGUGGGCUCUGAGCUGCAGGUCCUGGUGAACGACACUGACCCCUGCACUGAGCUUGUGCGCUCGGACACCAGCAUUGCCUGCACUGUGCCUGCCGGUGCCCUGCCCACCCCGGUGCCCGUGUGUGUGCGCUUCGAGCGCCGGGGCUGUGCCCGUGGGAACCUCAGCUUCACCUACAUGCAGAACCCGGUCAUCACGGCCAUCAGCCCGCGCCGCAGCCCCAUCAGCGGUGGCAGGACCAUCACGGUGGCUGGUGAGCGCUUCCACAUGGUGCAGAACGUGUCCAUGGCCGUGCACCGCAUCGGCCGGGAGCCCACGCUGUGCAAGGUCCUCAACGCCACGCUUAUCACCUGUCCGUCGCCUGGGGCCCUGUACAACGCCUCAGCACCCGUGGCCUUCUUCAUCAACGGCCGGGUCUACACGGACGAGAUGGCCCAUGAGGCGCUGCCUGACCCUGAGGAGGUGCCACGCGGGAGCCGCUUCCACCUGGACUACCUGCCCGACCCACAGUUCUCCACAGCGCGGCGUGAGCGCUGGAUCCGCCACCACCCUGGGGAGCCACUCACCCUCGUCAUCCACAAGGAGCAGGAUGGCCUGGGGCUUGAGAGCCAUGAGUACCGGGUGAAGAUCGGCCAGGUGGCCUGCGACAUCCAGAUCGUCUCUGACAGAGUCAUCCACUGCUCAGUCAACGACUCUCUGGAUGCUGCAGAGGGGCAGCUGCCCAUCACCGUCCAGGUGGGGAACUUCAACCAGACCAUUGCUACGCUGCAGCUGGGGGGCAGCGAGACGGCCAUCGUGGCAUCCAUCGUCAUCUGCAGUGUCCUGCUGCUGCUGUCCGUGGUCGCCCUGUUCGUCUUCUGUACCAAGAGCCGCCGCGCCGAGCGCUACUGGCAGAAGACGCUGCUGCAGAUGGAGGAGAUGGAAUCUCAGAUCCGCGAGGAGAUCCGCAAAGGCUUUGCUGAGCUGCAGACAGACAUGACAGACCUGACCAAGGAGCUAAACCGCAGCCAGGGCAUCCCCUUCCUGGAAUACAAGCACUUUGUGACCCGCACUUUCUUCCCCAAGUGCUCGUCCCUGUACGAAGAGCGCUAUGUGCUACCGUCGCAGUCCCUGGGCUCCCAGGGGGGCCCGCCAGUGCAGGAGACCCACCCUUUGCUGGGAGAGUGGAACGUCCCGGAGAACUGCCGGCCCAGCAUGGAGGAGGGCGUCAGCCUGUUCUCCUCGCUGCUCAGCAACAAGCACUUUCUCAUCGUCUUCGUGCACGCGCUGGAGCAGCAGAAGGACUUCGCGGUGCGCGACAGGUGUAGCCUGGCGUCACUGCUGACCAUCGCGCUGCACGGCAAGCUCGAGUACUACACCAGCAUCAUGAAGGAGCUGCUGGUGGACCUCAUCGACGCCUCCGCCGCCAAGAACCCCAAGCUCAUGCUUCGGCGCACCGAGUCGGUGGUGGAGAAGAUGCUGACCAACUGGAUGUCCAUCUGCAUGUACAGCUGCCUGCGGGAGACCGUCGGGGAGCCGUUCUUCCUGCUGCUGUGCGCCAUCAAGCAACAGAUCAACAAGGGCUCCAUCGACGCCAUCACUGGCAAGGCGCGCUACACGCUCAAUGAGGAGUGGCUGCUGCGCGAGAACAUCGAGGCCAAGCCUCGGAACCUGAAUGUGUCCUUCCAAGGCUGCGGCAUGGACUCCCUGAGCGUGCGCGCCAUGGACACAGACACGCUGACGCAAGUGAAGGAGAAGAUCUUGGAGGCCUUCUGCAAGAACGUGCCCUACUCCCAGUGGCCGCGCGCUGAGGACGUGGACCUGGAAUGGUUUGCCACAAGCACGCAGAGCUACAUCCUGCGGGACCUGGACGACACCUCGGUGGUGGAGGAUGGCCGCAAGAAGCUGAACACGCUGGCUCACUACAAGAUCCCAGAAGGCGCCUCUUUGGCCAUGAGCCUAACAGACAAGAAAGACAACACUCUGGGCCGAGUGAAAGACUUGGACACAGAGAAGUAUUUCCACUUGGUGCUGCCCACUGAUGAGCUGGCAGAGCCCAAGAAGUCGCACCGGCAGAGCCACCGCAAGAAGGUGCUGCCUGAGAUCUACCUGACCCGCCUGCUGUCCACCAAGGGCACGCUGCAGAAGUUCCUGGAUGACCUGUUCAAGGCCAUCCUGAGCAUCCGUGAAGACAAACCCCCACUGGCCGUCAAGUAUUUCUUCGACUUCCUGGAAGAGCAGGCAGAGAAGAGGGGCAUCUUGGAUCCCGACACACUGCACAUCUGGAAGACCAACAGCCUGCCCCUCCGCUUCUGGGUGAACAUCCUGAAGAACCCCCAGUUCGUGUUCGACAUUGAGAAGACGGACCACAUUGAUGCCUGCCUGUCGGUCAUUGCACAGGCCUUCAUUGAUGCCUGCUCCAUCUCUGAUCUCCAGCUGGGCAAGGACUCUCCCACCAACAAGCUACUGUAUGCCAAGGAGAUCCCCGAGUACCGCAAGGUCGUGCAGCGCUACUACAAGCAGAUCCAGGACAUGGCGCCACUCAGCGAGCAGGAGAUGAACGCCCACCUGGCCGAGGAGUCACGGAAAUACCAGAAUGAAUUCAACACCAAUGUGGCACUGGCAGAGAUCUAUAAAUAUGCCAAGCGGUACCGCCCGCAGAUCGUGGCGGCGCUGGAGGCCAACCCCACAGCCCGGAGGACGCAGUUGCAGCACAAGUUUGAACAGGUGGUGGCCCUGAUGGAGGACAACAUCUACGAGUGCUACAGCGAGGCCUGAGCCCAGCGCCGCCCACCCGCUGUGAGGAGAGGCCACCUCAGGAGUUUCUAACUAUGCAGACUGGGGCAGGGGCUCCGUCCCCUCUGCCUGCCCCAGACCCAGUUCGGGCGGGGGCCUCAAAUGCCAUAGCCAGACCGUGGGGAGCUCCUGUGCACCCUGCUGCCCUAGCAGCUGCUAAGACGCUGCCCACAAGCAGCCAGCACGGACAGGGACACGACGGGGCCUGGAAGCACUACCUCAGCCACAUGCGAAGGGCCCUUGUGGGUUCUGCUUCAGCCACCAAAUGCUGGCUCCUUCCUGCUGCCUGGGCAGGACCCGCUGUGGACACAGAGCAGGGCCAGACUUCCACAGUUCUGGGCCCAGUGUGGGCAGUGCCCAUGCACUCGGGGACACUGGGACGGGCGGGGGAGGACCCUGCUCCCCCAGAAGAGCAGGGCUGGGACGUACCGAGGCUGUAGCUGGGCUACUCAGUCCUUCUGGAAGUGUUCCGAAGGAUAGCGCCACUUUCUUGGGUUUUUUUGUGUUUUUGUUUUUUAAAAAAAGCUUUUAUAUGUUUUAAAACUCAACAUGUGCUGACUGUGAAUAGCUGCCACCUGUGCAGGGGCCUCCAUGCAACACUGGAAGUGACUGUCCCCAGCACAGGCCUGGCCGGGCCCUCUGCACCCGGGGAUUCACCCAGUUCUGUCUCCCACGUCUGGGAUGGUGCAGUGCCGGGGCAGCUGCAGGGAGUUGCUGGAACUGUCUUUGUAAUAAAAGCUGCGGGGAAACCUA